AUGAAGGCGUUUUUUAUUCUACAUUUAGCCAGUUUUCUCUUGCUUACUUAUGCAGAUCCACUUAAUGAACUGGAUAAUGAUGACACACCAGGUAAAAUUCAUACCUUGUAUCAGCAGCAUUAUUCGAAGUAUAAAACAUAUCUGAAAAAAAUGGGCAAAAAACAUGAUCCAUCUGUUCCGGAACCAAUUCGAUUACUUAAAUUUGCACAAUCUUUGAAAAUGAUUGAUGAACAUAACCAGCGUUACAGUAAAGGAUUGGAAACAUACAAAGUAGAUCUGAACGAAAUGAGCGAUUGGACGGAAGAAGAGAAAGAAAGACUUCGGGGAUAUUAUCCAAAUUUGACUGAAGAUGUGGAAGGAGACUUAAGUAGAAUAAUCCGAGGAAAUAUAACAACAACAAUACCAAAGUCUUUUGAUUAUAGGAAGAAAAUAACUGUACUACCAGCAUCAGAUCAAGGUCGUUGUGGUGUGUGUUUUAUUUUCUCAGCAUUAGGAGCGCUUGAAAUGUAUGUGGCGCUCAGGACUAAAAAACCGCCGGUAAAACUGUCAGUACAGGAUGUAAUGGAUUGUAGUGGAAUGGAAAAAUGCGAAGGAAGAGGCGGAAAUGAACUUGAGGUUUUUCGUUGGGUUGCUGAGCACGGUGUAAAGACCGAUAAGAGUUACCCAUAUAAGGAAAACGAUAGUGUUUCAUGCCCGGGAAAGACUCCACAACGACGAAAGUAUGGUUUAGCUGAUGCAUUCUAUUUACCUCCUAGCAAUGAACAAAUUCUCAAGAAGAUACUAGCACUAUAUGGACCAGUUUGUGUAUCAUUACAUUCGUCAUUACAAAGUUUUGUAGCUUAUCGAAGUGUGAAUCAUGCGGUAAUAGCGGUUGGUUAUGGUGUCGAGAAUGGGAUGGAAUAUUUUAUCAUCAAAAACAGCUGGGGCCCUACAUGGGGCGAAAAAGGAUACGGUCGUAUUCGCGCUGGGUUAUUUAUGUGCGGUAUUGGUCAUUUUUCGAACGUACCAAUCUUCAAAUGA